AUGCCCUUACCCAUGUGCCAUCCAUCUCCUUGCGUUCUCCCCUGCAGUGAUUUGUCGUAUCUUCGGGCGGUGGAGUUCCCUGCCUGGGUGACUCACCUCUCCACUCUUCAAUAUCUCAACGUGAACGCGGACGAGCCGCGGCGGCAGGGCUUGUUGACGGAUGACAUGUCGCACCUCACAGCGCUCACUUCCCUAUCCCUCAAAGGCAACAACCUGGACGGCUACCUGCCUAAGAGCUUCUCCUCGCUCCUCAACCUGCAGUACCUGGCGUUGAAUUACAACCAUCUUCAAGGCACCAUCCCCGCCACCCUCUCUGCCCUAACAGCCCUCACUGCAAUAGAUCUCUCAUUCAACUCUCUGUCUGGUUCCAUCCCCCCUGUCUUCACCACCAACAUCCAAAGCAUAGCACUAGGCUACAACGCCUUUAGUGGCCCCAUCCCGCCUCACCUGGCACUGCCCCAACUCUCUACCCUGACGCUGUCCAGCAAUGAGUUCACGGGCGCCAUUCCCACCACCUUCACCCGCCUCACUGCCCUGAGUGUGCUGGGCGCGUUCAACAACAGCCUGAGCGGAGGCCUGGACGUGGUGGCUCAAAUGACAUGGCUCACUGGCAUAAGCCUCCACACCAACAGCUUCUCCGGGGUGCUUCCAGCAGCCCUCUCUGCUAUCACAGGGCUCAAGUUCAUAACCAUCGCUAACAACCACUUCACGGGAGAAUUUCCCCACCCUCUUCUGCACACCCACCACCUUGCUGUACUGGAUGUGAGCAACAACAGCUUCUCUGGGUCCAUCCCCCUGCAAUUGACCGAGCUACUGGAGCUCAUAGACAUCAAUCUCAAUGACAACAACUUUUAUGGAUCAAUCCCGUCUGGCCUCUUCCGCCUCCCCAUGCUUUACUCAUUGCAAGUGGCAAACAACUCUCUUUCCGGGAACCUUCCAGUUGCGCUUAGGGCCUCCUCCACACUUGCCACGCUUAGCCUCGCAGGAAACGGCUUCGCAGGCUCCCUACCAGACUUCUCGCGGUGGAAGGGCAGCUUUCAAACGCUGGCGCUGAGCAACAACAACUUCACAGGGACCAUUCCUGACUCCAUCUCCACGCUUUCCACUCUGCAGGCCAUCAUCCUGGACAACAACCAACUGACGGGGACCAUUCCAGCUACCAUCUUCAAUAUGACGAACCUACAAUCUCUCUAUCUGGCCAACAACCGCCUGACUGGCAGUCUGCUGUCUGCCAUCAGUCGCUUGGAGAAGCUCCAACAGAUCUGGCUGGACAACAACAGCAUCGAGGGCCCUCUGCCAUCUGCCAUCUGCUCGCUGCCCUGGCUGUGGCGCAUCAUGGUGAGCAACAACCAUCUCUACGGGCCUCUGCCAGACUGUCUCUUCGACAAGUGCAUCAACCAGAUCGAUGUGAGCAACAACAGCCUGUACGGGCGCAUCAGCCACAACUUCAACAGCAUGGUGGCAGACGGCGACGCGCUCAUCAACCUCGCACACAACUUCUUCUAUGGCGACGCCGUGCUCUUUGCCGCGGGCUGCCAGGUGUGCCCCGAGGAGAUCUCCCAGCGCAACCAGCUGCAGCUGGGAGACAGCAGCGUGCACGUGGCAGGGAAGUGUGGCGACGCAGCCUUCGGAGGCCAGCGAGACUACUCGGUGGCGGGGGCAGGCAAGGGCGCGAAGGGGAGUCUCGCGGGCAACUGUCUGGCCCUCAAACGGGAUGUCAAGUGCCCGUCCAACGCCACCCAGCGCAGCACGGCAGCCUGCCAGGCGUUCUGCAGCAUCACUGACAACGGCCCAUGUGAUGGCCGUGGGGAGUGUGUGCCGCCUGCUCCAGACGCCCCUGCCACCUUCACAUGCAUGUGCGACGCCGGAUACUCCUCCGUGGACCUAGGCAACGGCUCCACAUGCGCCAUCACUGCUGUGUCUUCACUGUCAACAGGUGCCAUCAUGGGCAUUGCUGUGGGGUGCUUCUCGGGGUUCACUCUGCUCACUGCUGUGCUCGCCUGGCUACUAUGGCCCCGUCGACAGAGGAAGUGGGAGGGGCUGGACCUGUGCGAGCAGUUCUCACUGCAGCAGCUGGUGAAGGCCACGGACAACUGGGCGCCUGAGAACUUGCUGGGGAAGGGCGGCUUUGGCACCGUGUAUAAGGGGAUCUCGCCGCAGGGACAGCUGUGGGCUGUGAAGCGCACCACUGUCAUGACCAACGAAUUUGAGACGGAG